AUGCAAAAACGAUUCUUUAUUGCAUUUUUAACUAUAAUGCUGGUUUAGUCUAAAUCAGUAAUGAAGGGUGUUAUUGAAUUUACAGCACCAAGUUGUUGUGACCCAAUACUGAAAAAGAUCACGUUUCCAGAUAAAUUUAUUGAUAUCCCUUAAAUUUUAGUAACAAUUAGAGCCAUAGAAUAUGAUGCAGGUCCUGUAGGAUUUUUCUGUUAAAUUUAAGAUGUGACUGAAUAAGAUUUUACAUUUUAAUUGACAGUUCUCCAUGCCACAUUAAAAGUUUUAGCAUAUGAAUAUAUUGCGAUUAAUUAGGAUGAAGUUGAAUUUGGGUAUUUCAAUGUUGAUGCACUUUCAAUUUUGAAGAAAGCAGAAGCUGGAGAUAAAGUCAUACCAUCUUUAUUAACAUUUAAAAGAACAUUUACUGAAGACCCAAUAGUUUAAGUAUUCUUAGUCGGAGUGGAAUCAUAAUCCAAGCUCAUAUAGUUUGAAGUCUCUCCUUUAACAGUUUCAUUACAUGGAGUUUAAUUAAAUUUCAAGAAGUUCGGAGAGACAAGCGUUUAGAAAGUCUAAUUGGCAUAUGUUGCUACGUAGUCUAGCAAGGAAUUAGCCCAAUAGGUUACACAUACUGGGUAAAAGUAAGCACAUAUUGAACCUGUUGAUCAUGAAGAGGAAUCUAAAUCAUCGGAAAAAGCAGAAGAAACUAAAGAAUUCUUAUAAUUAAGAAGCAAACCAAAGCUCAUUUAAAUCAAUGGUAUUAAUGGUCUGAGAUUUACAUCAUUGCCAGUAGCUUUUAUGUGGUAAGGAGAUUAAAUUGAUCCUACUGCUUUGAAUGUGAAUUUGAGAAUCACUUUGGAUAAAGGAAAUUAAGCAGUUUUGGGAUUGUAUUAUUUCGAGGAGAAGGAUUUUAAAAAAUGUCCUAUUGUUUAUUCGAUGUGUAAUUACUAAGGAUCAAAAGUAUACUUGUGUAAAGAUGUAUCUGAUUUCAAUGCAAUCAUGAGAUUAGCCAAAAGUAUCUAUAUUCCAGAGAAGACAUCUGUUGUAGUCUAUUAGGAUCCAUCCUAUAGUGGAGCAAAGAGCAAAAUUACUAAGAGUAUACCCUGUAUAUCUGAUUGGUUUACUGAUGUGGCUGAAACAGAGAUGUCAGAUAUUAAAUAGUUUCUGUAAAUUAACCAAAUGAAAAGACACAAAGAUCUGGAAUUUAAAGAAAUCCAUUUAGAAAAUUAAAAGCAGUUGAACAAGUUUAAUAUGGUUUAAUUACCUCGUUGGAAUGAAGCAGGAGAUAAAAUUGAAGUAGUAUAAGCAAUAUUAGAUUCAAAUAGUCCUCCUGCAAAUUCCUAUAAAUAAGAGUUAAUAUAAAAAUUAAAUGAAGAAGAAGAAACUUUUCUCAAAAACAGACAAAUCUAUUGACUGAAUUCAAAUUUUAGUAAUAAUCAUUAAAAUAAUAUAAACUAAUGUUUUAUAAA